UGGGUAAUGCCAGGAAGCAAGUGUAUUUUGGAAACAAUGCCGUGUGCGGCUGGCGGCGGCGGCGGCGGCGCCUGAGGUUGCAGCCCGGGGACUUUCCGGCUCCCGCUCUUUCCGCUGGCCGCGCUCGCUGGCGCUGCUGUUGCACCAGCAGAUCAGAUCAGGCGAGGGUUCCGCUUCUCAGGGUUCGCUGAUCCCGCCUUGCAGCGGCUCCCGAGCCUCUUGCCUAAAGGAGACGCUUGCUGGCCGCAAAGCCCCGACCACAGUCCCGCCCAGGCGGAGUCGCAAGUAGGGCAGCAGAUAUGGUGUGUGCAUGUUCUGGAACUUUGAGCUUAACAGCCCAGUGUUAUGAAUUCCUAUAUAGAAGUCACAUUAACCUCAGUGGCAAUGGACUUAUUUCCAGGUGAAAUGGAUUCCCCUGACUACCUGGAGGAGGAUUUCUCCAAUCUAGAUGGGCUGGAGGAUGAUGUCUUCCACUCUGAAGACUGUGGACUUGCCAGUCAACCCAAUGAGAUGACAUUUCCUGGCAUUUUCACACAGAGUAAAUCUUACAACUGCCUUCUGGGGAGAUUCCAGCUCUUCCCACUUACACACUGUUGCGGCCCAGGCACCAGGCAUGCCAAGCAGCAAGAUAAGGCAACUCAAACCCUCAACCCAUCCUCUUCUAGCCAGGAUGUCAUGUUACCUUGUGGAGUCACUGAAGAGCCCCAGAGACUCUUCUAUGGGAACGCCGGGUUCCGUUUACAUGUCAACCCCAUUGGUUUCUCAUUGAGUCCACACCUCCGGGAGGAACCUCGGGAAAGCCCACAGGAACUGCGAACUGAAGUUCAGAUUGCACGGAAGUUACAGUGCAUUGCGGACCAGUUUCACAGGCUGCACCUACAGAGGAUUUGCAUGAAGGAUCUGCAUUUUCCACUGCUGUCUGUGAAGAUUAAGGUCCGUUUUCCUCCCCAUAUCCUCAGCACUUGUUCAGCUGUUGGUAAGAAAAAAAGGGAUGGUGAGGUUUGGAAGAGCUCUGGGUCCUCAGAGAGAAGGUACAUACACUCAGGUAAGGGUGGGAUGCAACUUUAUUAGAGGAAAAAAUGAUUCACGAAUCAGAAGCCCAUAUGUUUAAUAGGGAACUGACAGGAAGUGUGUUUAGGCUUGCAGCCUUACAUCACCCAAUAUUGCCAAGCAGGCAUGGAAUGGUGGCGAGUAACAUGCUGAAAUUGUGGGCCCAUAACAGGAAGAAGCAAACAUUGCAAAAUUUAUUACUAUUGCUUUAUUUUAAUGUACUCACUGCACCGCAAUCCAUUUUCCUAUGUUCUGCUUUCGCUGAACCUUCCGUGUGUUUUCCAUUCCCUGAAAAUCUGCCAAGACUCUGUCCGGAGAGUAUGAGGAAACCUUACUGAGGCCAAGCUCCCAUGAACUGCAUAAGAAGCCUCUUCUUCUCCCCCUCAAAAACCUUGAGCCUCAUGGAAACUGUCUAUCUCUAUUAAGAGCGAGGAGAUUAAGAGGGCUCCUCUUCAGCGUUGUUACCAAGAAGCCUUUCACUCCUGUCAACAGCCUGUGAAGACUCCCCUUCUCAAUGGACUCUCAUAGGUUCUCUUGGGAUCAGCUUUUUCAAGUGCACUAUGAAGCUGGGAUAGAACUGCAUGUGGGAGGAAAAGAACAUCAACUCUCUAUUCAGGAUGAUUUGGGAGUGGGGUUUGAUUCUUUUUCAGAAUGAGCACAAUACAGCCAAAUACUGCAUGCAUCUGUUCUGCUUGCUAGACUUGAGGUCCUGCAGAAUCUUGAAUCUGAUAGCAAGAAUUAGGGCAAUGGCAAUAAUGGAAGGGGAGUUUGAGGCUUCAGAGAGUUGAGGGAAACAAUACCAGCAAGACAGUAGACACUGGUGGUCCAGCAAAGGGACUGGCAGGAAUCUUUAUGAAGAUUUUUAACCAGUCUCUGGCCCAAGCCACCGUUCCACCCUAACUGAAAUCUGCUACCAUUAUACCCCUGCCAAAAAAAUCAAAGAUAGACAGUCUGAAUGAUUUUCACCCUGUGGCGUUGACACCCAUUAUAAUGAAAUGUUUCGAAAAACUGGUGAGGAACCAUAUCAUAUCUUGUCUGCCAGUGGGACCUGACCCUUACCAAUUUGCGUACAAGGCAAAGAGAUCCACAGAGGAUGCUGUGGCAAUGGCUUUACAUGCUGUCCUGCCUCAUUUGGAGAAGCAAGGGAACUAUGCGAGACUAUUAUUUGUAGACUUUAGUUCUGCAUUUAAUACUAUUCUUCCGCAUAGAUUG